AGCCCCCGUACUGCGACGGGUGGUGGGAGGGAAGCGAAUAAAGUGGGCGUGGAUUGGCCCGCCUUCCGCCAAUGGGCGGUGCCGGGUAAGAGCGGUGCGGGGGGCUGCGUGUUUCCGGAAGACGUGGCGGCCGCUUCUGCCGCUGCUUCCAGCCACCUCCCCCGCCCCGUUCCCUGCUGCUGCCGCCGCCGCCGGCCUCGCCGCCACCAUGAUCUCCCUCACCGACACCCAGAAGAUUGGAAUGGGAUUAACGGGCUUUGGUGUGUUUUUCCUUUUCUUUGGAAUGAUUCUCUUUUUUGACAAAGCACUUUUGGCUAUUGGAAAUGUUUUAUUUGUGGCUGGCUUGGCUUUUGUUAUUGGUUUAGAAAGAACAUUUAGAUUCUUCUUCCAAAAACACAAAAUGAAAGCAACAGGCUUUUUCCUGGGUGGCGUGCUUAUAGUUCUCAUUGGUUGGCCCUUGAUAGGAAUGAUCCUUGAAAUUUAUGGAUUUUUCCUUUUAUUCAGGGGUUUCUUUCCUGUGGUGGUUGGUUUUAUUAGAAGAGUGCCAGUCCUUGGAUAUCUCUUGAAUUUACCUGGUAUAAGCUCGCUUGUAGAUAAAGCUGGAGAAAGCAACAACAUGGUAUAAUGACAAGUGGGCAGAAGGCUGGUGUUAAAUUUAUUGUAUUAUUUAUAAAGCUUUUGAAGAAUAUUCAGCACAAAGAUUAAAUUGUGUACAAAGGAAAAGCUUGUAAUGUUCUUUACAUAAAAGUUUAAUUUAAAAUGUAUAGUCUACAGAAUACAUCAUUAGACAAGAAGCUCAGCAAGCAUGCUUCUGAGACAAGCUACUCCAAGAAUUUGGGAAGUAAACUGAAGAGGUGAAAGUCAUGGGAUAACCCAUGCCACAACUGUUCAAGACUGUUUGAUGCUUUUGGAAAAUAUUCUAAACAUAAUGAACCCUCAUGGAACUAACGGUGCCUGUACUUUACCUCCUUAUUUUGAAGGUUUGGUAGAGUAAACAGGUCUUUAUUUUUAAGGUGUUCCCCUUCUACCUACCCAACCCCCACCACCUGCCACAUCCCCCCCCCCCAAAAAGGGGGGGGGCGGGUAAAAAAUAUUACCUGUUUAACAAAAGAUGUCUUUCUUGCAUAAAAGUUAAGAUGGACAGUCAUUUUUAAGUAUAUGUAACAACAAAGGAAACCCCUCUACACUUCUACUGUAAACAUUUUUGUAAAUAUGUGGCUAAAAUAAAACUUCAUUGUCCUCUUCGUGUUUCAUAGCCAAAUGUAAGUUGAUUGGAUUUGCCUUCAGUUUUGGAAUAUGCAAAAGGUCAGUCUUUACUAACUUCAGUCUAAAAUUGCAAUUGGUUCAGAAGUUGUACAGUUUAGCUGGGAACUCUUGAAACUGACUUACACGCCUUUGGAUUUUUUUUCCUCCUUGACUCAUGUUAUGUCUGCACAUCAAGAUGAGGAUGUAGCUCUUUAUUAUUGAAUAAACGUUUGCAUAUCCUGUUUAGUUCAUGAAAUAAUGCAUUUGGUUUCACACAAACCCUGUGAAAUAUACCCUAUUUAAAUAUGAAACAUGUUUUCAAAUAGUUGGAAGCCCAGGCUUCUUUUUGCCAUAGGACUACAAGUUACAAAUCGUAUUUUUUACAGUAAUAAAAUGAAAACUUUAAACUCUGUGUGUGAGAGUUUCUGGAAAAUUGAAUUUAACAAAUUAACUGAAAAACAAAUGCCAGUCCGAGUGUCUGUCUAUAUGACUUAGUUGCUGCUUGAUUUCCGUCAUUUUUAAAUUAUUUAUCCCAUCAAUCAUGAAAGCAAUUAGGCAACUAUAGAGCAUGUAUCUGAUCUGGACUAUAAUUUUCUUUGGCUUGAAUUGAGGUAAAUGAAGAUUGCAUUUAAAGUGCGAGUAGUGAUUUUUCUAAUUUUGUUGGGAUGUCUAACAUGCAUUCCAAUAAAUCUAGAUUCAUAGUAUUUUUCACUGAAAGUCAUCAGCAAGUAACUUGUAUCUGUCCAUACAUUGACUUUAGCAGUUUCUCAGAAUUUUUUGACUCAAGUAGCUAUAGUCUCAUCAAUCUAAUAAGUGAUUCUUUUGCAAAGUUAGAAAAUACCAAACUAAUUUUUUAUGUUUUUAAGGUGGGACAAGCCAUCACAUACAAAAUAUACAUUUUUGGAAGUAGUUUAAAAACAUCUUUGUAUAUGUGGUGGAUUUUCCAGUUGCAGACGUAUAAAUCACCAUGGAUUAUUUUCUAAAUUUCCCCAUUUACUUUGUUUUCUUCUGGGGAACAAGAUGGUGGAAGAUAAAAUGCAAAACUCUUUGGGAACAAAAUGAAUAGGGCGAUAACCUUGUAGCCCAGUACAUCUUUUAAGUUUAGUCAGUGCGCAUUAUGGCUUUUUAAUUUUAAUAAUGAAAGAACUUGGUUGUGGGUUGGGUUUUUUGGUUUGUUAUAUUCCUGAUGGCAUGUGUGUUAAUUUACAAACAGGACUAAAUAUGACUUGUGGCUCCUACCUCAAGAGAAGAAUCAAUUUUAAUUGCCCCUGUUAUCUGUUGUGUUUCAAGCAUCACGUUUCUAACACUAGUUACAUAAUUUACUUUCUGAACAACCAAAUGGGCUUGAAAUACUAGUCUGCAUCAUGGGUAUCAAAAACAUUUUUUUUAAAAUCAGACAAUGUACUUCAUUUACAAUAGAUGUGGGAAAAUGCUGCGGUCUUUAUUCUUGUUUUCUAAUAGGUAAUCUAAAGUGCAAACGCUGGAUUGUACCACAUGACUGUGUUUUGUAGCCCUUUUUGGAAGCAAAUUGCUUGAUAAAUUUAUGCCAAGUACCUUCUUCCACAAGAACUUUGGACAGAAUCUUUAAGAUGUGACAAUGUCUUGCUGUUCCAUGAUCUCUCAGCCCUUCGGUGAAAUACAGAGGUCUGCAAUUCACCUCACUUCUACUUGAAUUCACUGUUUUACAUCAAGUGUCAGCAUAAGUGGUGCUCAUUUUUUGUCAGGAAUGAGAUUGACAAAUGUACUACUCAACUGAGAGGGGACAACAUUGUGUGUAGCAUUUUGCAGUCUGUAUCCCUCAAGGUAACAUAGUCUCAAAGACAAACAUCAGUUUUGCCAAGUACCUGUAAGUGGUGGGGAAGAAGUCAAAACUACUCCUUAGCCUUAAGUGUUUCUGUCAUUGCAAAAAUGUAUCUUCUGUAACAGAAACAUAUUUGGAGCAUUUCCUCUUUUAAAUGUAAUUUAUAAUUGCUGCGUUAAGGCUCACUAACAGAUCUGUCCUGAGCAGAUGAAUACUGUAAAUACACUUGUCAUACCUUGAAUAAAUGAGUACUUUUUUCUAUUAA